AUGGUCCAGGAUAUACCGUCAGGAGAAGCGCUGCAACAGAUUCGUCUGUUCCGCAGGCAAUAUCUGCAGCUGCUCGAUGCUCAAAACCUGACUUGGCCUUCUUCAGAGACUCUUCGCUCAUCUCAAGCCCAAGAAUGGUUAUUCGAGAAUCUCUUCCAAACAGACGAUGUCUCUCACUUUCUGCCUCCUGAACGAUACCGUCUUCGUGUCUUGAAGCUACUCAUGUCCAAGAUUGAGAACUCCAUAGUAGAUCCAGAAGAAGAUGUAAGCGUGUCUUGUCUCAUUCCUGUUUUGUCUGCUUUUCUGAUGUUUGUGCUUUCGUCGUUAUCANNGGGAAUAUCGGACAAUCUCAUGUCCACAUUAGCUGAACUGAUGUUUUCUCCCAUGCCGGAUGAUGCCACUGCUGCUCAGCAGCGAAACUGGGUAACGUACACACCACUCGGUCAGGAUUCGCCCAUCUUAGACAAAGAACCUGAACUGAAGCUGCUUGAGAAUCGUGCAGUGAUCUCAGGUGCGGGUACUACAGGGUUGCGGACUUGGGAAGCGGCCCUUCACCUCUCUUCUUAUCUGCUUUCCUCACCCGAACUGAUAGCAAGUAUCAAAGGCAAGAAGGUGAUUGAACUUGGUGCGGGCACAGGACUAUUGUCCAUCUUGUGUGCCAGCCAUCUAGGUGCUUCACAUGUCACAGCCACCGAUGGUGACGAAGGUGUUGUACAAGCCUUGCAAGAGAAUGCAGCCUUCAACGAUGUCAAGGAUUCAAUGGACAUUGGCGUAUUAUGGUGGGGUCGAGCUUUGAAGGGGUCUUGGAUGUAUGAGAAAGACCCUUCGUUUUCUUGUGAUCUGGUUCUUGGUGCCGAUGUCACAUACGACAAGGCAGUCAUUCCAGCACUAGUCUCUACCAUGAGAGAUAUGUUCGAAGCCUGGCCUCAUGUCCGAAUCAUCAUUUCAGCAACCAUCCGGAACACCGAUACAUUUGCUGCUUUCGAAUAUGCUUGCGCACACAAUGCAUUCAAGGUCCAUGAGGUGGACUACCCUCUGGUUCCUAUGGAACAGCAGACUUCCCUCUUCCACCCUACCGCGGUUCCAAUCAGAAUCUUCUCAAUCACCGCACCGGAGACGCAGAGGGAUCCUUUUGCAGUAUAA